AUGCUGCCGGUGUACCCGGAGGUGAAGCCCAAUCCGCUGCAGGGCGCGAACCUCUGCUCGCGCGUGUUUUUCUGGUGGCUUAACCCCUUAUUUAAGAUUGGUCAUAAACGGAGAUUAGAAGAAGAUGAUAUGUAUUCGGUGCUUCCUGAAGAUCGCUCACAGUAUGUUGGAGAAGAGUUGCAAGGGUACUGGGAUAAAGAAGUUCAAAGAGCCAAGAAAAAUGCACAGAAGCCUUCUUUAACAAAAGCCAUCAUAAAGUGUUACUGGAAAUCUUAUUUAGUUUUGGGAAUAUUUACAUUAAUUGAGGAAGGCUCUAAGGUAAUUCAGCCUAUAUUUUUGGGAAAAAUCAUUGAUUACUUUGAAAAUUAUGAUCCCACCGAUUUGGCAGCUUUGCACACAGCCUACAUCUAUGCCACAGUGCUGACUGUCUGCACCCUCAUUUUGGCCAUUCUCCAUCAUUUAUAUUUCUACCACGUCCAGUGUGCUGGGAUGAGGCUACGAGUAGCCAUGUGCCAUAUGAUAUAUCACAAGGCACUUCAUCUCAGUAACACCGCCAUGGGGAAGACCACCACGGGCCAGAUUGUCAAUCUGUUGUCCAAUGAUGUGAACAAGUUUGAUCAGGUAACGAUAUUUUUACACUUUCUAUGGGCAGGACCUCUGCAGGCCAUCGCCGUGACUGCCCUUCUCUGGAUGGAGAUUGGAAUCUCAUGUCUUGCUGGAAUGGCAGUCCUAAUUAUUCUUCUGCCUUUGCAAAGCUGCAUCGGGAAGUUGUUCUCGUCACUGCGGAGCAAGACUGCAACUUUCACGGAUGUCAGGAUCCGGACUAUGAAUGAAGUGAUAACUGGUAUAAGAAUAAUAAAGAUGUAUGCUUGGGAAAAGUCAUUUGCAGACCUGAUUACCAGUUUGAGACGGAAGGAAAUUUCCAAGAUUCUGAGAAGUUCCUACCUUAGAGGAAUGAAUUUGGCGUCGUUUUUUGUGGCGAGUAAAAUAAUCGUUUUUGUGACUUUCACCACCUACGUGCUCCUUGGCAACGUGAUCACAGCGAGCCGAGUGUUUGUGGCCGUGACGCUGUAUGGGGCUGUACGGCUGACAGUCACCCUCUUCUUCCCCGCCGCCAUUGAGAGAGUGUCGGAGGCAGUAGUCAGCAUCCGGAGGAUCAAGAACUUUCUGUUACUUGAUGAGAUUUCACAGCGCAACACUCAGCUGCCGUCUGAUGGUAAAAUGUUAGUGCAUGUCCAAGACUUCACUGCUUUUUGGGAUAAGGCAUCAGAAACCCCGACUCUCCAAGGUCUAUCCUUCACUGUCAGACCCCGUGAAUUGCUAGCUGUGGUUGGACCCGUGGGAGCAGGAAAAUCAUCGCUGUUAAGUGCUGUGCUGGGGGAACUGCCCCCCACUCAGGGGCUGGUCAAUGUGCAUGGAAGAAUUGCCUAUGUUUCCCAGCAGCCCUGGGUAUUUUCUGGAACUGUGAGGAGUAAUAUUCUAUUCGGGAAGAAAUACGAAAAGGAACGAUACGAAAAAGUUAUAAAGGCUUGUGCCUUGAAAAAGGACCUGCAGCUUUUGGAGGACGGCGAUCUAACUGUUAUAGGAGAUCGGGGAGCCACACUGAGUGGAGGGCAGAAAGCCCGGGUCAACCUCGCAAGAGCAGUGUACCAGGACGCAGACAUCUACCUCCUGGAUGAUCCUCUCAGUGCCGUCGAUGCAGAAGUGGGCAGGCACUUGUUCGAACUGUGUAUUUGUCAGACCUUACACGAGAAGAUCACAAUCUUAGUGACUCAUCAGUUGCAAUACCUAAAAGCUGCAAGUCAGAUUCUGAUAUUGAAAGAUGGUGAAAUGGUACAAAAGGGGACUUACACGGAGUUUCAGAAGUCUGGGGUAGAUUUUGGUUCCCUUUUAAAGAAGGAGAGUGAAGAAACUGAGCAUUCUCCAGUUCCCGGAACUCCCACACUGAGGAAUCGAACCUUCUCGGAGUCUUCGAUUUGGUCUCAACAGUCUUCAAGACCAUCACUGAAAGAGGGUGCUCAAGAAGGUCAAACUACUGAGAACACACAGGCGACACCGCAAUUGGAGGAGAGCCGCUCUGAAGGAAAAGUUGGGUUCAAGGCCUAUAAGAAUUACUUUGCAGCUGGUGCCCACUGGUCCAUCAUCAUUUUACUUAUUCUGCUAAAUGCUGCCUCUCUGGUUUCCUAUGUUCUUCAGGAUUGGUGGCUUUCCUAUUGGGCAAACGAACAGAGUGCACUGAAUGCCACUGUAAAUGGAAAAGGAAAUGUAACGGAGACGCUAGAUCUUAACUGGUACUUAGGAAUUUAUUCAGGUUUAACUGUAGCCACGGUGCUUUUUGGCAUAGCAAGAUCUCUGUUGGUGUUCUACAUCCUGGUAAAUUCUUCUCAAAAUCUGCACAACAACAUGUUCGAGUCCAUUUUGAAAGCUCCAGUAUUGUUCUUUGAUAGAAAUCCAAUAGGAAGAAUUUUGAAUCGUUUCUCCAAAGACAUUGGACAUAUGGAUGACUUGCUGCCUCUGACAUUUCUAGAUUUCAUCCAGACAUUUCUCCAAGUGGUUGGUGUGGUGGCUGUGGCAGUAGCCGUGAUCCCUUGGGUUGCAGUACCCUUGGUUCCGCUUGGCAUCAUUUUCUUUGUUCUUCGGCGGUAUUUCUUAGAAACAUCAAGAGAUGUCAAACGCCUGGAGUCUACAACACGAAGUCCCGUGUUCUCCCACUUGUCAUCGUCUCUUCAGGGACUCUGGACCAUUCGGGCGUACAGAGCUGAGGAGAGGUUUCAGGAGCUCUUUGAUGCGCACCAAGAUCUACAUUCAGAGGCUUGGUUCUUGUUUCUGACGACGUCCCGAUGGUUCGCCGUACGUCUGGACGCCAUCUGUGCUAUCUUUGUCAUUGUCGUUGCCUUUGGGUCCCUGAUUCUGGCAAAAACUUUGGAUGCCGGGCAGGUUGGCCUCGCCCUGUCCUACGCCCUUACGCUCAUGGGAAUGUUCCAGUGGUGUGUUAGACAAAGCGCCGAAGUUGAGAAUAUGAUGAUUUCCGUAGAAAGGGUGAUUGAGUAUACAAACCUUGAAAAAGAAGCCCCCUGGGAAUGCCAGAAACGCCCUCCACCAGCAUGGCCACACGAAGGCACGAUCGUCUUUGAUAAUGUUAACUUCACGUACAGUUUAGAUGGACCGCUUGUAUUGAAGCACCUGACGGCACUUAUAAAGUCAAGAGAAAAGGUUGGAAUUGUGGGAAGAACAGGAGCUGGAAAAAGUUCCCUCAUUUCGGCCCUUUUUAGAUUGUCAGAACCCGAAGGAAAAAUUUGGAUUGAUAAGAUCUUGACAACCGAGAUAGGACUUCAUGAUUUAAGGAAGAAAAUGUCAAUCAUACCUCAGGAACCUGUUUUAUUCACUGGAACAAUGAGAAAAAACCUGGAUCCCUUUAAUGAACACACAGAUGAAGAACUGUGGAAUGCCUUACAAGAGGUACAACUUAAAGAAGCCAUUGAAGAUCUACCUGGUAAAAUGGACACUGAAUUAGCAGAAUCAGGAUCAAAUUUUAGCGUUGGACAGAGACAGCUGGUGUGCCUUGCUAGGGCCAUUCUCAGGAAAAACCGGAUAUUGAUUAUUGAUGAAGCAACAGCAAAUGUGGAUCCAAGAACUGAUGAGUUGAUACAAAAAAAAAUCCGAGAGAAAUUUGCCCAGUGUACGGUGCUCACCAUUGCCCACAGACUGAACACCAUAAUUGACAGCGACAAGAUUAUGGUUUUGGAUUCAGGAAGACUGAAAGAAUACGAUGAGCCGUAUGUUUUGCUGCAAAAUAAGGAGAGCCUAUUUUACAAGAUGGUGCAACAACUGGGCAGGGCAGAGGCUGCUACGCUCACUGAAGCAGCAAAACAGGUGUACUUCAAGAGGAACUAUUCAGAUAUCACCCACAAUGGUCACGUGAUGAUGAACACUUCCAAUGGACAGCCGUCGGCCUUAACCAUUUUUGAGACAGCACUGUGA